GGUCAACAUCCAAACCAUUUAUCACCGAAACCUACAGUCAUCCUACUCCAGCCAAAAUGCCAUGGCUAAUGUACUCUAUGAUUAUCUUAACUCCGUUGUUAUGCAUACCUGCUCUCUUGGUGGCUGCAGCAGAAAGAAACAAUAUUUCCGUCGGAUGGACAUCUCACCUGUCAUUUGGUGCAGCGAAGAGAGGCUGCGACCUGAGAGUUGAAAAGGGAUCAAAAUCUUUGGUGUAAGGCU